AACCAAGGCCAAGCAACUUGUUGGAGGAGCUCGGACAGCUGUUACGGCCUCGACCAUCACCGCAGCAGCCGCGCACUCGUCCCGUUCGUUCGACGCCAUCGAUCGCCGAACUGCCCUCGACGUCGAAGCAGCACCGACACGAAAGCCGCCGCGAUGAGCCUCACCUAUGGAGUCGGCGGCGUUACGUCGUUCCUGACCAUUGUGGGAGCGUACAUGCUCUUUACCGGCAGCGGCGAGUCCUUCAAUGUCGGCGCGUUCUUAGAAUCAGUGUCGCCCUAUGCCUGGGCUGAUCUGGGUAUCGCCCUAUGCAUUGGCCUGUCGGUCGUCGGCGCCGCCUGGGGAAUCUUCAUCACCGGAUCCUCCAUCCUCGGCGCCGGCGUGAAGGCGCCGCGCAUUCGCACCAAGAACCUCAUAUCCAUCAUCUUCUGCGAGGUCGUCGCCAUCUACGGCGUCAUUAUGUCCAUCGUAUUUUCCGCACUGGUCGACAGCGUUGAGGGCCCCGAGGCUUUCUCCGCCAAUGCCUACUAUACCGGUUACGCCAUCUUCUGGUCAGGCGUGACAGUCGGCCUGUGCAACCUCGUGUGCGGCGUGGCUGUUGGCAUCAAUGGUAGCGGAGCCGCUCUCGCCGACGCCGCCGACGGAUCGCUUUUCGUCAAGAUCCUGGUCAUUGAGAUCUUCAGCUCCGUGCUUGGCCUCUUCGGCCUCAUUAUUGGCCUGCUCGUGUCUGGCAAGGCCUACUCUUUCGGCAAGACCUCGUAGACGCAUCGAGGAGCCCAGGUUUGCGGGGAUGAUUGGGAUUUAUGCUACAGAGUAGCGACAGCUCGCCACUGACAGAAAGGCGAGGCGCCCCUUUGCAUUGCGCCAAUAGUAUUUUGGUCUGGCGUUUGGGACGACUGGCUGGAGAGGUUAUGUUAUGGAUUGUACCACUAACCAGCCCUUGGACUUGAGCAUGUAUAUGUACACCAGCCCGUGAGAUGAGCCAAGAUUAGAACAGUCAAACUACUUGAAGCAUCCAGCGAGUUAUGCAUCUCUCGGCGCAACCAUAUCCAAACGUCGC